GAAAGCAAAGAGAUCAAAGCAAGAAAAAACAAAAUUUGAGAGGCCGUGUUUUGGUUGGAGUUGGGAUUGGAAUUGUUGGAACAUGGAGGAAUAUGCCGCACAUUCAACCAUUCCUAAGGAAGAUUCUCUAUUUCACAUUCGCAUCUUUUUCCCUAUUUUAAUUUUGCCCUAAUUUUCACUACCAUGGAUUUUAAUUAUUAGAUUCCCAUUCUUUCCUCCAACUUCGCAUCGCCACACUAGUCCAUUUUCUCAGAUUUGGUAGAAAAACUUCGGAUUGCAAUUAAUCCGUGACUCUACAACUGUGCAGCCCUUCUUCCCUUCCUGUGUCCUGUAUAUAUGUUAUUUCUGCAGUUAGUCCAAUUCGACUGACUGUUUGCCAAAUAACAUAUGACUCCCGAGAGUUCAUUGAAGCCUAGUAACGCCUUAAAUGGAGUACAUGGCAUGCAUGUGGUUUCUCACUCGCCAUUUUCAUUCCAAGAGAUAAAACAACAUGCGGACUUUAAUGAGUCGGCCUAUGGACCCUCCAAUACAGGGAGCAAACAACGGCUAAUAGUGCAGAAAGUUUGGCAUCAAAGACCUGCUUGUUUGAGGCCCAUCCAUUGCUGUCGUACUGGUGAUAAAAACAUUGCUGAAACAGUUGCCAAUGUGCUUACUUCACUCCCUUUUAUUGCCCUUGGACUCCAGGCCCCAAGGAAAAAUCUUAAUUGUAAAAUCUACGCCAAUUCGUUAAUUGGAGUAGGAAUUGCAUCAAGUUUUUACCAUGCUUCAAGGGGGAAAUUGAGGAAGUACCUUAGAUGGGCUGACUACACUAUGAUAGCCACAACUACGGUGUGCCUCUCAAGAGCGCUUAGGAAUGAGAACCCAAAAUUGCUGAUGGCAGCAUCUGCGUUCUUUCUACCGAUACAGCCAGUAAUGGUUUCAGCAGUUCACACCGGAAUGAUGGAGGUUGCAUUUGCAAAGAGAGCAUUUCAAGAUCCAGAGCUGAGGAUGGCCCAUAAUGUGCAUAAAAUGUCAUCAUUGUUAGGUGGAGCACUUUUCGUUGCUGAUGACCUGCUCCCUCAAACUCCAUUUCUCCAUGCUGGUUGGCACCUUGCUGCCGCUGUUGGAGUAAGCACUCUCAACAAGCUCCUCGAGUAGUUAGACACUCCAAAUCAUCCUCACCAAUUUGCCGAAAACACCUACAUUUCCCACAUGCAUUUUCCAAGUUUGCAAUUUAUAGGUAUGACAAUUAGAGGAUAUGCCACAUCAAAACAGCAUCUGGCAUUCCAGCUGGUUCUACAGCUAUCUAGAAAGGGAUUUGCAAUGUGUAAUGCUAUAUUAGCAUAUAGUUCAGGUAAGUAGUACAUUUGGAUUUUUCUAAACUUGCAGAAAUGGCAAUCUGGCGUUGCCUUUAAUUGAAAAUAAUCAUUUUUUGGAAGGGGAAGAGUAUCAGCUAAGUAGCUGGACUUAGCUGCCAUUCAUGUAAUGAUACUAAUUCCUAUCUUCUUAAUUAAUUAAUGGUUCAGAUUGUAACUCUUCUCUUAGUCGUGAAUAUAGUCUUAUAAACUGUUUGCACAUAA